AUGGCGACACGGGGCUGGUCUGAAGCGUGGCGCUCCCAUCCCAAUGUUAUGGACGAACUGACUAGCCUCCUGUCGAAGCCCACAGUAGAAACCAGCACACCAGUCGCUGGAGCCAGUGGCAGCAGCACCAAACCUGGCCUCCAGCCGCAGAACAACCGCAGCCGCAGUGACGUCACAGCUGCACCACCCGUGGCUCCCUGCAGCCUCCCCCCACCUGACGACGCCCGUGUCUACUUCCUGCGGAGCCUUACUGCAGAGGAAAAGGGCGGGAGGCUGAUCGAGGCAGCUAAGGAAGGGGCAAUGGAGGAGCUGCGGGCACUACUGGCGGCAGGAGCCGACGUGAGGGCGAGGGACAUGUUCUUCGGCAACAUGACUGCCCUGCACAAGGCAGCGUGGAAGGGGCAAGUCGAAGCAGCGAGGUGUCUAUUGGGUGGUGGGGCAGAGGUCGACGCCAGGGACAGUGACCAGAACACGCCGCUCCACCUUGCUGCUUGGCACGGCCAGCCGGCUAUGGUGCGGCUUCUGGUAGCAUCCCACGCACACCCCGACGCCAGGAAAAGUAACUGGUGGACACCGCUGCACUACGCGGCAAUGAAUGGCCAGAGGGAGGCGGCAGCUGCGCUGCUGGAGGCGGGGGCCGAUAGGGAGGCCAAGGACAAGAAUGGGCGCACACCACUGGACUUCAGCAGAGAAAAUAAACACCAGCAGGUGAUUGAUUACCUUGUUAACUCAAAAGUAACAUUUGCACAGAAAUCUCUGGCAUAA